UUUUCUUUUAACGGUGAUGAGAAGUAGUUUGAAUCUGCGCUGAGGGAUCAGUAUUUGGAACUUCUUCCCAUUAUAACUACGAAUGUUUACACCAGUUCAAUGCAGCAACAGUUCAAGAGAAUAAAAUACAGGUUAUGAGUCAUCGGACCAUCAGGACUCAGAGGAAUGUCAGUGUUUCAGAGAGGAACAGAGUCACGGGGAACGAGAUGAAAAGGAACUUCCGGAACAACUCAACAGUGAAAGCCGCUCAGAGUCCACCAGGGGAGGGCGCUGUUUGUCCACAGGAUGAAUUUCAGCACAAGCAGCCUUCAUAGCAGUCCAUCGUGCAAAGAAAAUGUGGCGCCUUCAGCUAAAACRGAUUCAUUUCAGCAUCCGAGGACCAAACAGAGAACAGUUCUCGGUGUUUUGUCAGAGAACGAUCAGCGCGGUCGAUCUUUGAGCCAGGGAAGCCAGUUUUCCAGGCAGAGUUCGGUUUCAAGCAGCUCCCAGCUGAACCUCUUUGGUUGUGCGUCCAGUUCCAGCUACGAUGUGUUCGUCGAAGAGGCCCGUGAAGUCGUUCUCGCAGCUUCAGGUCAAGAAGUUGCUUCAGACAGUUGUGAGCUGGGUGCUGAAGCUGACCACUUGCAGAAUGAUUACAUGAAUCUCCUGCUGGAACUCACCUCCAGUUCAUGCCAGGAUGUCUCUGUGCAGUCAUCAGACGAGCGCUUGAUGUCUCAGCAGAAGCUCUUUACUGAUUAUGCUGAAGAUAUUUACCAGAACUUGAGGAAAAGUGAGAAGAGGUUCAGGGCAAAGCCUGAUUACCUGCAGAGACACCCAGCGAUCAGCAGCAGCAUGCGAGUCAUUCUGGUGGACUGGAUGGUCCAAGUUGUUGAGGGAUAUGAACUCAGUUCUGAAACUUUGCACCUCGCUGUCAACUACUUGGACCGUUUUUUGUCCUGCGCAACUUUUGUCAAAGAGGCCAAGCUGCAGCUCGUCGGCACAGCAGCGUUACUGAUUGCUGCGAAGUAUGAGGAGAUCACCCCCCCUGAGCUGAAUGAGUUUGUGUACAUCACAGAUUUCACCUACACUAAGAAACAGCUGCUUCAGAUGGAGUUUUCUCUGUUCCGGGUGCUGGCCUUCAGGCUGUCAGCGCCCACAACAAACCAGUUCCUUCACCUCUUCAUGUCCGUUCACCCCAUAUGUUCGAACACAGAGAACCUCGCUCUGUACAUAGCAGAGUUAAGCAUGCUGGAAAUGGAUCCAUUCUUGCAGUACAUCCCGUCUAUACUGGCAGCUGGAGCUUACUGCUUAGCCACCCACACCAUAAACAACACGCUCUGGCCCGAUUCCUUAAUUUCCUUUACUGGUUACACCUUGGCUGAAAUCAUGCCCUGCCUGAUUGAUCUCCACAAACUACACACGAGUGCAGAGAGCCAGCCUGAGCAGGCCAUCAGGGAYAAGUACAAAAGCUCAAAAUAUUGUUGUGUUUCAGGGAUCACUCCGUCUGCUGUUCUGCCUCACCUCUGAUUUACUGCUGCACCUUGAUCCUGUCGGCUCAUGGUUACAAUAAACCAAGAGCAAACUGUCAAUCACACCACAUCCCUAUCACACAUGUAGACACUAUUUUUAGGUGUAUUUCUUUAUCGUCUUUAGCUUAUGCAUAAUCAAAUAACAUUUAUCAAUAUUACAAUAUAUGGUUUAAAAUCACAGGAUGUUUUUAAAGUUAUAUGAGCUUUUUAUGAUUUGCAUUACAAAGUGUUUCUUUUGUGUUUGUAAAGCUUAUUUUAACCUGAUACUUAAUAAAACACAAAGUAAUAUAAUGCAAAAAUGUGUUGUGUUUCACUGAAUGGCCUUUUAAACUGUGUAAAUAUAGACUUCAAAACAUCAUGCUUUGAAUUC